AUUGAUCUAGGUCCCUUGGCACAAUACGCCAAACCCAUCGUUAAUGAUCUGGGGAUUAUAGUGGACGCAGAUCUUAAAUUUGACAGCCAGAUCAAAGCUGUGGUGAAAUCAAGUUUCUUCCAGUUAAGGCAGCUGGCUAAAAUAAAACCAUUUGUUCACAGACAGCACUUUGAAACAGUGAUCCACGCCUUUGUAACUAAUAGACUGGAUUACUGCAAUGCUCUGUAUUUGGGGGUUAGUGGGUCCUCCAUUGCUCGUCUCCAGUUGGUGCAGAAUGCCGCUGCAUGUCUUUUAACAGGCACAAGAAAGUUUGAUCACAUUUCACCGAUUUUAGCUUCACUUCACUGGCUGCCCAUCCACUUUAGAAUUCAUUUUAAGAUUCUUUUAUUUGUUUUUAAAUCUUUAAAUGGUCUUGCCCCACCAUACCUCUCAGAGCUUCUGCACCCCUAUACACCCAGCCGGUCUCUCAGGUCAGCUGACCAGCUGCUCCUGAGGGUGCCCAAGACAAGGCUGAAGCUCAGAGGGGAUCGAGCGUUUUCUGUUGCGGCUCCAAAACUUUGGAAUGAGCUGCCGCUGCACAUUAGACAGGCCUCCUCACUGUCUGAUUUUAAAACCCUUCUUAAAACCCAUCUGUUUUCUUUAGCUUUUAACAUCACGUAGGGUUGUUGCUUCACAUGUGCAUAGAUACGACGGGCAAUACACUUUUAGCCUAUUUAUUAAUUAUGUUUUAUUGUUUAUGCUGUUUUUAGUUCUAUUAUUUUAUUGUCCUUUAUUAUUUUUAUUAUUUUUAUUUUUAUUGUCUUUGUACAGCACCUUGG